AUGUCGACGCGAAGGUCAGAGCGGUCUCGCGCAGCUGCUGAUGUGGGGGCGGAGGGGUCUUUGGAACCAUCGACGAGCAGCGCGGCACCAUCAUCGGCUCUGCCUUCCACCUUGAAGCGCAAGAGGGGCAAGGCUGGAGAGGCCAGCCCAUCAAUGGAUGGCCGAGCCGCAAAUGGGACGCUGAGCCCCGACGAGCGAGUUACUGGCAGAGUUGCGCGCCCUCGGCAAGCCAACGGGAGAUCGGAAUCACCAGUGGCAACUGAUACAGCAGCACCGGGUGUCAAGGACGCUCGCACGCGCAAAGUGGAUCUCUCGAAUGGUGGCCUCAAGUCUUCCAGCAAUGGUUCUACGAAGAAAGCUAGCUCGACAGAAGACUCGGGCAUCGACGAUGCUCUGCACAUAGAUGGUCGAGACGAUGAGCUCAUGCUAGAAGAGGAGGAACGGCAGCAUUUCAGACUCAUUCUUGAAAGGUACGUUGCGGCUACUCCUACACCACUCCUUGACAGCACUCCAAAGCUGACAAUCGGGCGCCAAAACUCACUCGCUUGCGUCCAAUCAGUUACGCGCCCGGACUGUUGCAGCGGCAAGUCCAAAUCACAAAGGUUGAAGCUGGUGCAAGUACAGCUGUCUGUGAAGUCGGGCCAGCCACCCUCGAAGAGACACUGGCACAUCGAGAGAUCGGCAUCCGAGCCUUGAGAGUAAGUUUCCAAUGCACACGCUUUCGUGCGGUCCACUGGUCGAGGCUCAUACGCUGCUCUCCAACACGAUCCUUCCUGCACUUAGUCUUUCUUACUGAAGCUCAAGGACGCUCGCGCAGACGUUUCCCAAGAAGCAUACGAUCGGAGGGAGGCGUUGAGGUCGCAUGAGCAGGAUCAGGGUAGCGUAGCCGCUUUGCAUGCAGCGCACACGGCAAGGAAAGCGAUUCCAAAUCAUGAGCAAGGAUGCGUCGCCCUCUUGCUGUCAUUGGUAGACAGCAUCGCGGCCAACAAGCGUACCAAUAUGAGCGGCGGAGAUGGGGUAGGCGAGAAUGAGCAGGCUGAAGCCAGAUUCAAGCAGGAACACUCUGAUCACACACGCCCUGUGGGGUCUGGAAGCGCCGCACGAAAGAUCGCGUUGCACAUGCUCUUACCGACUGGUCAUUACUUCACGAGUGCUGUAGAAGGCGAUGCAGGCAAGAUCGACCCAGGUGAGAGGCAUCUGACUCAACCAAUGUUCCAGAGCAGUUCACAAAUGACUGACUUCGGCUCGCUUCGUACAACAGGCUGCGCAAACGUCAUCUCGAUUGCCCCAAAGGCACGGUCAAAGAUGCCGGUGCCUACGCUUGGCUCGAGAGCACUAUCGGCGGUCAAGAAUAAGAGGUCACUAAAGAGCGUGGCCGACAAUAUGAGGAGCACACCCACUCCUCCCAUCGGCCCUGAUGAUGAUGCUCUGGGAGAGCGGAUUGUGCCUGGUGAGCAACAUUGAAAAGUUGAGGUGUGCCUCGCAAACUUUGUCCGCUUACCCAUGAGGUCUUGUGCGCGCGCUACGAGCAGCUACGCAUCUGUACUACGACGCAUGGUCGUCCUUCACACCGACGUACGACAGCAGCGACUCGACACUUGGGCUUGCCGGUUCCAGACUGAUGUGGUCUCAGGGCCGAAGACGCAGAGACGAGCUUCGAGCGAAAGGCUGGGCGGACCUUAAAGCUGAAGGGAAAUCCCGAGCUGAUCUGCUUGCGGCGCCCAUGGUGGCACCAGUAGCUUUCGCCUCCACGAAGGAUGCGAAAAGAGCCGACUCGUACUUGCACGAGGCGGACUUUGCGGGCUUGCAUCCUGACUUGCAUCCCGACGAUUUGGCGGCCGCCUACGAAGAGCUCGAAGACGAAGAGACCAUUGAGCAUCGCUUGACUCAGAGCCGCGCUCUGCUGAAGCGAUUGCAAGAGCUUCAGGAUGCAAGGUUAAGGCGAGGCUACAAAAGUGGACGCGAGGUGGCUCCUUCUGCUGAAGAGCAACAUACAGGUGAGCUAUAUCAGUUGACUAGCACCUGCUAGUCCAGCGGGCCUGACAUCACACACACUCUUAAUUUGUGCAGCGAGUCAAGCUUUGGGUAAUCUGACCGAGCUGGUCAAGCUCCGACCACGCUUGGAGUUGGAGAGCGGAUGCAGCAAUUUGAUUCCUGUGGCCUCGAAGUUGCGAGCCGCCGCAAAAUCAGCUGCUGUUGAUCCCGCUCUGAUAGAUGCAGGUGGUGAGCCUGGAGAUGGAUAUUGGGGAACCCUGGACGAGGCGUCGUAUGGUCCGGAAGCGCGAAGAAGAAGAGCUGCCGUUGCCACGUCACCUGUGCUUUCGUUGAAACCGCUCGCUCACCCGUUGGGUCUCGUUGGACCUCCUGUCAUUGCGGACAACGAGACUGUCAAAUUGCCUGAGGGCCUGGAAGGUCGGGCGCUCGAACGACUCAAUGCGCGCCCACCCAUUUCUUCGCCAGCAUCACCGAACGACUUGCAGCAAGGCAAGGCAGCCACUUCUACCGACGAGAAGAAGAAGCGCGGCCCCCAUCUACUCGAUAGGAUAGCUGCAUCCAGGAGCUAUGAUGCUACUCGACAGGAUCCACACGAUCGGCCUCACAGACACCUCGGUCAAUCAUCGCGAGCGCCGAACAGCGCGCGCGCCCUGACCAGACCGGUGCCACCGCCUGUAACCACGCCCGUGCCUGUGACGCAAGCGCAACACGGCCAAACACAUCAGCUGGGCCAAAGUCUUUCCGUUCCUCAGCAUACGCCUGGAACUACGUCGCCGCUUUCCCAAAGAUCGCCUGUGCAACAGGUAGCGCACGCAUCGCCUCAUCCACAUGCCCAAGCUCAAGAGCGGAGCCGUCAAUCUUCGAUCUCUCAGCCAUUGCGAGCCAACACGGGUGCUUACUCGCCGCAUCGCGCGCCAACACCAGAUUAUUCCGUGCACAGGCCCGUAGCAAAUAAGCCGUUCUUUCCAGUACCGGCGCACGCAGCGGAUGCACGUUCACCCUCACCUUUGGCAGCGACGCCUGUGUCUCAAAGCGCACACUCGGCCUACACAAGUUCGCCCUCUGCUUCUCGACAGCGGGCGCUGUCGAAUGCCAGCCAAGGCGCGCGCUCACCUGUUGGCAGCUUGUCGAACGGACAGCCCGCUUUCUAUCCUACCAACGCCGGGACUGCGCCUUUGAGGCAUCAUGGCGCAUAUGGUCCACCGAAUGGAAGGGACAUGAGUCCGACUCAGCCUCGCUUCCAACCACAUGCGCCGCCCCCGCAGGCGAGGUCAUCGGGUGCAUCGUCUGCAAGCAGCCAAGCCUUCUUCCCUUCUCCGAUGCACUCCCAGGCUGCUGCGCACUUUCAGCAACACGCGUUUCAGCUUGCUCAAAUGCAGCAACAGCAACAGCAACACAGCUAUCACCAGCAGCACCAACCAAGCUUUUCGCAGACUUCGUCGAAUCAGCGCUCCGGUGGUCAGCACGGCUCGCCUCAGCCUCAAGUGCAGGGCAAUGGACGUUGAGACGAAGACGCUUCGUGUGAUUAGCUGACAGGAAUCCGGCUGGACACGGCGUAGUCGUCUGUCUGCAUCGUAGGGACUACGCCAAACCAAAGUGUAUGGCUUUCCUGAUGCUGCUUCGUUUGAUAGCUACAUCCCUCUGCUCUGCCAUCUCCCAUUUCUUAUGUGUACUGCACGCGCGCCCCGAUAUGUAACAUCAAUGCUGCAUAGAGUCUCAAUUGUGCUGACCGCGCUGCUCGUGAGCAGAAGAAGAGGAAGAAGAGGGGAAUGCAUAA